AUGCCCAUUGAGGUCUCAUCGGAUGCCGCCUCGGCUGCUUCAUUAACGGCAACACUGUCCGAUGUCACGGGACUCGCUAACCUGCUCAAAUCGGUGGCCAUUCAGACACACGCAGUCGUCAUCGCCUCGAGCUCAGGUUUGGAGAUCAUCACCGAGCUCAACCGCACCCUUCAGGCGCACGCUUACCUAUACUCGCAUAUGUUCGACUCGUACUCCUUCCAAAAGCCGCGCAUCGGAAAUCCAGCCUCCACACCAUCGAACAACCCUUCACGACCAAGAAAGCGCCUCAAGAAGGUAUCCGAGCAGGAGGGAUCUGCUGCCGACAACACCUCCUCUGCUACCUCUUCUGAUCCCGAAAGUAGCCAGCCAGAGGCGACUCGCAACGAUUCACACACACGACCGCGAUCGCAUGCAAACGGAUCCGACAGAAGCCAAGAUGAACCGGACAGCGUAUCUUUCGAAGUCAAUCUUCAGACAUGGAUCUCUUGCUUGAACAUUUUUGGCGGCGUGGGACCUUCUCGCCCACAUUCCAGCUCCACAGCCUAUGCAGGUUCUCGUCCAGACCAUACCGGCGGCGGCGCGCAGUCAACAGGACGCGCGUAUCCACGCACGCGCGACGGUACCGUCGAUCCGUACGGCGCUGACCGAGGCACAUCGGUCGAGCGUGUCCUCGAUCGUAACGCCUUCUCUCCUACGGCAAAAGCUACGCGCAUGAGGCUGACCUAUCAAGGUCAUGGCCAUCCACUCGUUCUCGAGCUCGAGCAGGAGACAAACGUGCUCACACGCGUCUCAAUAUCCACCUACGAGCCGAGCUUCCUCACAGACAUGGUCUUCGACCCGCACAACAUGGUGUCUCAAAUUAUCGUCGGCUCAGAUCUCAUGCAGUCUGCCUUCGCCGAGAUCGACGCAACCUGCAAAAAGCUUUCCAUCCUGAUAGCGUCGCCUGAUUUCGAACCGUCGCGCGAUCGCCACCACCGCAUCGAGACAUCGACGGGCGCGAGCGGGAAACCUUCCACCAGCAUGCUCAGGUUCAGAGCCAUCUCGGACACUGGAUCGUCAGAGAUGGAAUUUCCAGCCAGCAUUUCCUCGACCGACCCGACGGGUGUCAUCGAAAAAUUCGUUGCACUUCCUGGCAGCGACGAACAGUGGUAUGACUUCACGCUGCUCUCACGCACCAUGACCGUCUUGCGUUCUUCCAUCAAAACUUCUCUGCGCAUGGACGAAGCAGGUCUCAUCAGCUUCCAAUUCAUGAUGCCAAAGUAUCGACGCACCGUCGCCUCGGGUGCAGCAUUAGGCUCGGCUGCAGCUCAGGCUGCGCACGAUGAGGAGCAAGACGCUUUCUGCGAAUUCUUGGUGAGUAUCCAUUUCGACUCGCCCGAAUCCACCUCGUUCCGAAGCGCUGAAUUCCGCGGAUUUGCAUCCCGAACUCCUUCCACUGACUUCGCGAGCCGCCCGCGUUUCUCUAUUCUUCUAUUUUUGUGA